GCUGCGACCUGCCGCUGCCAGGAUUUGCAAAUAGAGCGCGGUAGAAAGUGGAUAAUUUAAUAAAUUUAAACUACACCUGCGAAUGUUUUCGUUAAAAUCUACAAAAGUGACCGUUUGUAAUAUAUCUAGCCACUUUCUCUAAACGACAGCUUUCGGUUUAGUAAAGCUAGCCUAGUUAGAAGUAGCUACAAGUUAGAGUAGGCUGUCGGGUUAAAGAAUUGCAUGCAUGCAAACACUUGUUUACGCCUUCUGACAUUCCUUUCAAACCCACUUCCCCUCCUCUAUUAUUCAGUGACCCAGGGAGUUGAGAUCAUAUCAGUCGAGAAGAGCAUGAAAACAACACUAAACGUUUCCCACUCGUAUCUAUCAUAUGAUUAUAAUACAAAAUGAUACAGUAUUGCAAAUCACUAAGAUUCAUGUAACAGUAUUCACGAACCAUUUGACUGAUUGCCAGCUGUUUUGUUGCAGUAAGAACUGGCAUUCCGUCAAUAGAUCAGAGCAUGUGGUGUUAAAUAUUCGCUUAAGCAUCUGUAUUAAACGUUCCCGUUUAAAUGUGAGACGUUUAAAAGUGUAAAUGCUAAGCAGAUGACUGCAUGACUGAACUACAGCUUCCUGAUGUGAUAACGCGUGUUUUUACGUCCUCUACAGUUCAUAUUCCGCUGUAGCUGCUUGUCUUGCAACUUGUUGAGUUGUUGUUGGCUCAACGAUUAACUUCUGGGAACUUUGGGAUCGCGGCGGCACGAUCUUGGUGUUACUAAGAAGUCAAGCAUUCAUGAUUUACCAUCGCAAUUAAUUGAUAAUUCAGGGUUGCUUAUUUUAAUGUUAUUUUAAAGUUGUGAGCAUUUAUGAGCGAGCCAGGUUAUGUUUGGGUACGUGUUUUGUUUCUUUGCAAUAGCACCGAGUUUCUGAAUUAAAAAACUAAACUAAGAUUCUUCAGAACUCACUUUUAUUGCAAGGGUCGAAGUGAAAGAUGUCUUCUAAGAUUCUUCUGGCUAAUCUGCGAACGACUGCAAGCUUCUGCAAAACACUGCAUUUUCUGCAGAGACCCUGGACUCCUUUCGGAGCUUCUCAGCAGACUUGUGCCAUUCAUGUGGAUAGCCCACCCUGCAUCCCAACCCUGACUACCAGUUAUGUCCAUGGCAUCUCUUCCCAUUCGCUGCUCUCUAGUACUGUGGACCAGAGUCUUCAACGCACAGUGGAGUGCUACCCUGAUCGUGAAGCUUUGGUUUUUAUGCAAGAUGGAAUGCGCAAGACGUUUGCUCAGUUCUACCAAGAUGUGGAACAGACUGCCGCAGGUCUGCUUGCUGUUGGACUGAAGAGGGGCGAUCGCUUAGGGAUGUGGGGACCGAACAUCUAUGAGUGGAUACUUAUGCAGUUUGCCACAGCUAAGGCAGGGAUCAUUUUGGUUUCAGUGAACCCGGCUUAUCAACUGCAGGAGGCAGAAUAUGCUCUCAGAAAGGUGCAGUGCAAUGCAGUCGUUUGUCCAACGGAAUUCAAGACUCAAAAGUACUGUGACAUGUUAAGGCAGCUUUGUCCGGAGAUGGAGACAGCCUCUCCUGGAGGAAUCAAGAGUUCAAGACUACCAGACCUACACACUGUGAUCUUAACUGACAGUCAGCAACCAGGAGCUUUUCACUUGAAAGAUGUGAUGCAGGCAGGAAGCAGCCAACACCUACAACAACUACAAGACCUCCAGAAGAAACUCACUUGUGAUGAUCCCAUAAACAUUCAGUUUACUUCGGGAACAACUGGAAAGCCCAAAGGAGCAACUCUGUCUCAUCACAACAUUGUGAACAAUGCUUAUUUCAUCGGCAGGCGCAUAGGCUACAGCUGGAGGAAGAAUGUGCGAAUCUGCUUGCCAGUGCCCAUGUAUCACUGUUUUGGCUCGGUGGGUGGUGGUAUGGUCAUGGCUAUUCAUGGCACCACAGUGGUUUUCCCAUCCACCGGGUAUGACGGACACGCCAACCUGGUGGCGAUAGAGAAAGAGAAGUGUACGUUUGUGUACGGCACCCCAACUAUGUUUAUUGACAUGCUUAGUCAGCCUGACCUGGCCAAGAUUGAUUUGUCAUCAGCUGAGGGUGGUAUUUCUGCCGGGUCUCCUUGUCCACCUGAGGUCAUCCGUAAGAUCAUCAAUGUCAUGGGUUUAAAGGAAAUGCUGAUUGGAUACGGCACAACUGAAAACAGCCCUGUGACGUUCUGUGGCUUUCCGAUUGACAGCGAGGAGCGAAAGACAGAGACUGUUGGAUGUAUAUGCCCCCACACUGAGGCAAAAGUAGUGAACCCUACUACAGGAGAGAUCGUGCCUCUGGGUGCUCAGGGGGAGCUGAUGAUCAGGGGAUACUGUGUGAUGCUGGAAUACUGGAAAGAUGAUGAAAAGACCCAGGAGUGCAUCACAAAAGACCGCUGGUACAAGACUGGUGACAUUGCCAGUUUGGACGGAUAUGGGUACUGCAAAAUCGAGGGACGCAUCAAGGACAUGAUCAUCCGAGGAGGAGAAAACAUCUACCCUGCUGAAAUCGAACAGUUUCUGCACACACACCCAAAAAUUCAGGAAGCACAGGUGGUUGGAGUGAAGGAUGAGAGAAUGGGGGAGGAAGUUUGUGCUUGUAUUAGACUCGAGACUGGUCAGGAAUGCACUGCAGAAGAGAUCAAGGCCUAUUGCAAAGGACAGAUUGCCCAUUUCAAGGUGCCUCGCUAUAUAACGUUUGUUCAGGGAUAUCCUCUGACUGUCACAGGCAAGAUCCAGAAGCACAAACUGCGCGAACAGGCAGAAAAACUGCUUGGACUGUGAUUGCGAAAGCACCUGUGUGCCUUUUUUAAACAGUUACAAGCAGGACAUCAACCUCAGGACAUUAUGAGUUACUCAGAUAUAUUGUGAUGUCAUUGUUUUACCAGCCAUGCUUAUAAUUAAAUGUUAUGUUGUGUUUUA